AUAAAAUAUUGCCAAAACACAUACAUUUACAUCAAAAUUAAGAUUCAAAUAUGUGUAUGUUUAAUUCAUCUUGUGCAUCAUUACAAUGUCCUACGUUUUCCCAUGAUGUGCCAAAUUAUUAUUAUUCAAAGUAUGAUGUGAAUGAAGCUAUUAACACAACGAAGAAGCUAGAUUGGCUAAGGAACAAUUUUAUUGGUGAUGGUUUGGAGUUCAUUUCUCCUUUUGGAAAACGUAAGGUUACUUAUCUAGAUUGUACUGCGAGUGGUAGGUGUCUUCGCUAUAUUGAAGAUUACAUCAUACAAAAUGUUCUUCCUUUAUAUGGAAACACUCACACAUGCGAUAGUUAUGUGGGUCAAGAGACAACAAAGAUGGUAAAUCAAGCGACUGAUUACAUAAGGUCGUGUUUGGGUGGAGGUAAAGAUGAUGCACUAAUAUUUUGUGGUUCAGGCUCAACAUCAGCUAUUAAAAGACUUCAAGAAGUAAUGGGAAUUACAAUACCAUCAAUUUUAAGAGAAAGAAUGUUACAAAUUAUAAGCAAUGAAGAAAGAUGGGUAGUUUUUGUUGGACCUCAUGAACAUCAUUCUAAUUAUUUGUCUUGGAAACAAAGCCUUGUUGAAGUGGUUGAAAUUGGGAUGUGUGAAGAUGGUUUGUUAAACUUGGAAGAAUUAGAGGAACAACUUAAGUUUUAUAAGUUUAGUAAGAGGAAAAUGAUGGGAUCAUUUUCUGCUUGUAGUAAUGUUACUGGGAUUUGUUUGGAUACUAGGAAAAUUUCUACUCUUCUUCAUCAAUAUGGAGCCUUUGCUUGCUUUGAUUUUGCAUCCAGUGGGCCAUAUGUAGAGAUCAAGAUGAGAUCAGGGGAAAUGGACGGCUAUGAUGCAAUAUUUCUUAGUCCACACAAGUUCCCAGGAGGACCAGGUUCUCCGGGCAUCCUUAUGAUGAACAAAGUUUUAUAUCACUUGGGAUCUUCUCCUCCUUCCACUUGUGGAGGUGGCACUGUCGACUUUGUUAACUGCUUUACUGAAAAGGACACUUUAUAUAUGGAUGACAUAGAAGAUAGAGAAAAUGCAGGGACUCCACCAAUCAUCCAGAAGAUUAAAGCAGCCUUGACAUUUUGGGUAAAGGAAUAUAUUGGGUGUGAAGUGAUCCAAAAACAAGAGACUUAUUUUAUUGAAAAAGCCAUAGAAAGGCUUCUUUCUAAUCCAAGGUUCUUUAUAUUAGGUAGCACAAAAGCAAAACGGCAGGCGAUUUUGUCGUUCCAAGUUUACUCUUAUUCCAUAGAUUCAAGUAGUGACAAAAGUGAGGUUGCAAAUAAUAAGCUUCAUAUGUGGGGAGAAAGUUGUAGGAAUAGAGGAAAACCACUUCAUGGUGCUUUCAUUGUUAAGCUACUUAAUGAUUUAUUUGGAAUUCAAGCUAGAGGAGGGUGUGCUUGUGCUGGGCCUUAUGCUCAUCAAUUGCUUAAUAUCGACCACAAUCAUUCACUUGCCUUGAGAUCUUAUGUUGCGAAGGGUUAUCUAGGAGUGAAGCCAGGAUGGGCAAGAAUCAACUUCCCAUACUAUCUAUCAAAAGAAGAAUUCGAGUUCAUCUUGUUAGCCUUGGAAUUUGUUGCUUCAUUUGGCCAACGUUUUCUUGCCAUAUACAAUUUCAACUGGAAAACAGGAGAAUGGACAUUUAGUAAGCAAAAACUUGAGAAAAUCAUGCAUGAAAGUGGUGUUGAUUGCCAUUUCUUUAGCCAAAAGUUAGCUUGUGAUGUACAAGCACUAAGUCUAGAUGACCAAAAUGAAGUUGAAGAUAAUCGUGCAAGAAGAUUAAGUGAUGAACAAGUGUUACAACGAAAGUAUGCAUCAUACUUGGAAAAUGCAACGCAUAUAGCUCAUUGUUUACCAACAUGUCCGAUUGAACGUCUAGUGCCAGAAGAUAUAAAUCCUGAAUUCUUAUUGUAUAGGGUUUAACCGUUUAAGUCUAAUUAAGAACGACAAUUUUGUUAUUUUCUUCUUGUAGCGUGAUUCUUAUUAGCUAUAUACUCCAUUAUUUACCACGGAA